AUUACUUAUGUGAUUCUGAAUAUCACGACACUUCUCCAUUUUCAACCAUUUUAACAUCCAUGUUCUUGAUCCUCUUGAUUUUUGUUUUUUUAACACUUUAAACAUGAUGAUAUGGUGUACAGGAUGCCCAGAGAAUAUUUUUGAUCUGCUACAAUUCUGCACCUGGAGCAUACAUACAGUGUACCUGGUUACACCCUUGUUGCAACGGGAAGGUCUGAGAAAGGCCAUCUGACCCUCCAGCUGGGGGCCCAGUUAAGACUGGGGUGGGAGAACCAGAAACAUGCUCUGGGAGGCACCUAUAGCCCAGUAUUGCUCCUUGAGAGCAUAGGCAAUGCGCCUUUCGGGGUUGGAAACUCCCACGGCCGGCUGUUUAAGUUUAAUCUGCAGACUGGGCUAUGCUCAGAACUCAAUUCAGACUAGUCUGUGGCGGAUCUCAUUUUUCUCAGGUGCUACUUGAGCCAAAUGUCUGAUAUUUUAGUCUAGUGUAUAAAUGCCAAUAGCGUAUUAGAUUUACAGUGCUGAGUUUUAUGUGGUUUAACUCAUUUUUAUGUAAGAUAAAACAGAUUGAUAGAUAAGAGUAGUUUGAUUUAACUUUUUUUUUAAUUUGACAGUUUUCUUUACCAUCCUGACAUUUGAAGUAUUGUGAUUGAUAAAAUGUUUGAGCUAAGGGAAUGACUGUCUCAGUAACUGGUAACCAUGUUAAAUACAUUGACAAUUGGCCAAAUACGCAAUUAAAGGUUAGAAAAAAUUUGAUUGCAAGCAUACAUUUCUAUUUUUUUAAUGAAGCGAUUUAUAUUUUUAAAAUUCGGUGCAGUGCAAAAAAACCCAAACCUUGAAUUGAUGCAUGUAUCUUUCAGCCCCUUGAUGAUAAAAUAUUUUUUAUGAAUCCAGGCUUUCAGAUAAUUCAAAACAUUUCUCUUAAAUAUAUUAUAAAACUAAAUAAAUGACCAGCAGUAUUUAUUGGUAUCACAGCCAUAUAAAGCACUAGACUAGAAAUAUAUUCCAUGUUUCAGUUUAGAAAUAAACAUACCUAAUCACUAUUGAUUCUGUUCUGGUUGCUGACAUAUGAAGAUCUGUUCGAAACCCGUAAGGCUGUCAAUGUGGUGCUACCAACGGCCCCAAAAGCCUCCAGAGACUAUGAAGACAAAGUUCCUAAGGACCCGCCAUACUGCGCAUAUAUUUCGAACCUACCAUAUGACAUUGAUGAGGAAGAGAUAAUGGACUUUUUCAAGGAUAUGAGGAUAGCAAGUUUGAGGAUUCCUAAGGACGAUAGAGGUGGCGAGAUCCCGCGAUCGAAGGGAUAUGGCUAUGUAGAAUUUGAAGAUAGGGAAAGUCUGUUGGAUGCACUGAUAUUACGUGAUACUAAUUUAAAAAACCGCAGAAUUCGUAUUGAAGUAGCAACAAACACUGAUGGAGAUAGACGUAGGGGUAUGGGGAUGAUGGGUAGGGACCGUGAAGGCGGGGCUUUUUCCAGUGGCGACUGGAGGUCGGGAGCUAGGUCAGAGUCAUCCGAUGAGAGGAGGUCGUUUAGAGACGACAGGGGUGGCGGAAGAGAAGGUGGAGGCGGCGCCUUUACCAGGGAAGGUAUGAGAGAAGGUGGCAUCACUGGAGAAAGAGGCGGCAGAGAUUCCUAUAGAAGCAAUCGAGAUGAUAGAGGACCUCAGGAUGACGGACCGGGAGCGUGGAGGACGGGAGACAGACCUAGUUUCAAUAGAGACAGAGACCGAGGGGGUUUCAGCAGAGAUGGCGACAGAGACAGGGACAGGGGCUUCACCAGAGAUGGAGACAGAGGUUUUAGCAGAGACGGCGAUAGAGAAGAAAGAAGAGGCUUCGGUGGACGAAGGUUCGAAGAUAGGGAAAGAAGCGAAGGUUUCAAUAGAGGCGGAAGAGAUGAUAGAGAUAGGAGUGAAGGAUUUUCGCGAGGUGGGAGAGACAACAGGGACAAUCGAGAUGAUAGAGAUGGAUCUGAUCGUGAAAGAGACCAACCACGUAGCCGACCUAAAUUAAUGCUGGCUCCACGUACAAAACCUAUAGAACCUGUAGCCGCAGAACCAGCAACCACCGCGGCGUCGAUAUUCGGUAGUGCGAAGCCUGUAGAUACCACUCAAAGGGAAAGAGAAAUAGAGGAGAAAUUGGCAAAGACCCAGACAACAGACAGACCUACCCGAGACAGAGAUGGUAGCAGAGACAGGAGACCAAUUAGCAGGGAGCGCAGGCGAGGUGGCAGCAGAGACCGGCGACCAGAUAGCAGACAUGGAAGCAGAGCUGGUAGCAAAGAGAGAAGGUAUGAUAGUAGGGAUAGAAGGAAUGGUAGCAGAGGAAGAAGAAGCGACAGUAGAGACGGACGAGCUGAUAGCAGAGAUAGAAGAGGCGACAGCGACGAUGACAGAAGGCCGUCGAGCAGAGGAUCUCCCGAGAGAAGAUCUCCUGGCAGGUCUCCAGAUAGAAGGGAUGAGGAUCGUUCGCCUGCCCGAAGACCUCCAAGUAGGGAUGAUAGAGAUAGAUCACCCGAUAGGAGGCCAGAAGGCGUAGAAGGCAGAUUCGAUAGCAGAGAUAGGAGGCAUUCUCCUGUUAGGGACAGAAGGCACUCGCCAAACACGGCGGGGCGGUCGCCUAAUAGAGAAUGGAGGCCACCGAGUAGAGAUGAUAGGCCGGACAGUAGAGAUAGAAGUGACGGUAGCAGAGAUAAACGGCAUGGAGGUGAUAUAGAAGGGGAUAGAAAAAAUGUUGAAAGGGGCAGGCCCCCAAGGAAGAUGGAUGAUAACAAUCCUAACAAGGACAGUCAACAUCGAAAGAAUGAUGAUAAGAAAAGCCAUUCUAGGAAUGAUAAUAAAUCUCCUGAUAAAGCUGAUAAUAGGCACAAGAAUGAGAAGCACAGAAGAGACGAAAAACGUGACAUGCCAAAGUUGACGGAGCCAGCACCACCAAACUUUGCACAAAACAACAAAUUUGCCUUUUUGGCUCCCGAAGAUGACGACGAUAAUGAUACUAGUAACUAGCAAUAAAUGCAAAAAAAUUAUUGGUUUUUGAAGUGUUUUUGUAAAUACUAUAAAUAAAUGAUAAUGUUUUAAAAUUAGGUGUCGAUCACGAAUCAUGGAGGUUUUGUAUACCUAUUUAUUGUUUUAGUUCAUAGAAUGAUUUUCUUUGUUAAUAUGAGAGAGAAUGUGCGUGUAAUAUACAUAAUUCCUUUUUUUUAUUUGUUAAAUUUUACCAUUGUAAUACUUCCAUUGUGUUAUAAAUAUUACUAUUUAUUUAAAUCUAUUGUUUAUGAUUGCAAACAUAAUCACAUCGUCUUUGCGUACAAUUAAACGUUGAUUUCAUGAAAAUAACCAAAAAUUAGCUCAACAACUAUUUGAGUAUACCCUAUUUAACGAGUAUCCAUCACGCUUUGACGUCUACUGAGGUGAACAGCUGAUCAACAGGUGCCAUUUUUGUUAGUCUGCAACGUUGGCAAUAAUGAAUCGGGUAUAAAUCUAGUAAAACUUGUUUGUGGCGUUUUGUUUUUGUAUACAAAUGAAGUUUUCUAAAUAAAAGAGCUGUUAGCAAGCACAAAAUGAAUCUGUUAUAUUUCCUGUGCCGAUAUGGGGAAUUUUGAGAUAUUACUAGAUAAUCAUCAGCUAUCAUUCUGCCGUGAUGGAUACUCGUAAAAUAGGGUAUACACUCUACCAUACUUAUCAGAAGUGCAUGUUCCAUCUAUGUGCUAGACACAUCAGUACAUCUUGGUGGCUGGAUAGUAAAAAAUGAGGCUUUUGACAGACGAAUUAGUAUCCGAGUCAGUAUUUCAUCUGAUAUCAUUUGCGGAAUCUGUCUAGGAGAGGUCAUAGUGGUGGUCGCAGGAUUCAUGUUAAGAAAAGUAAUGUCAUCGAGAAAAUAUGUUCUUAAAAAAAAAAACGACAAAAUGUCAUCUUGCAGACUAGGUAGUUUUUAGUGUGCAAGUAGUUUAUUCCACGUUUGCUCGCUAAGAGCUUUCAUCUAUGAAUGAAUGACUCAACGACACGACACGCUCCUCGGGCAUGCAUUGUUGGUUGCAGGAAGCCAAGUAAUGUUUAUCUCUCUGAGAUGUCAAAGAAAGAAAGGUGGUUGAGUCGCAAGAUCGCAUCUGGGUGAUUAUGUGUAUUGGUCUGCGUGUGUAUAAAAUCAGUGAUAUUUGCUGUGAGAAAAUUAUUACUAAAUAUUCUGCCAAUGAAGUAUAUAGCUGUGCAUCACGGGUUAUUUAUAUGUUGUCCUUUCUGAAGACAGGUUAUGUUCAAAGUUAUAAAUUAUGAAUUUUCCGUUUUUUUUUUAUUUUCAAAAACUAAAUUACGGGAAAUCACCGCGAACGCGUUGUGUGUAAUUACUGUUAGCAUGUAUAUGACUUGAAAUUCGAAAGUUUACAGUGAAUAUGAUUGCAAUAUAUCGCAGUAUGUAAGUAUAAAAUAUAAGAUACAUAAAGUUAAUUACUCCACCAA